AAAAAAAGUAAAAGGGACCGCAUUUUAUCUAAAUUAUGUUUUAAAACACUUGCCCGACUAUUUAUGCCUGCAUUAAGCUUUGGUUUUGGACUUUAGGCAGCCUCGUGCGCUGUGGUAGCUGCAAUCUAAAAGUGGUUUUAAAUUAGCCAGUGUUGACACUCGAGUAUUCUUUCACCUUUCUUUGUGGCUACCUCUAUGGAUUUGACUUUGGGAAAGUAUGUAUGCCACUUCUUUACGAAAACAUAAUAUAUGACCUGUUUGGAUUACCGUACUUUAAAGAAAGCACAUUGAUAGGUAGACGUCUUGGUUUUUAAUGGCAACGACAUCUGACAUUGGAACCCUUUGACCUUGUGCUUCCAACCACCCUAAAGAUCUGACAUUAAAUUAUUCCGUCCCAAAGUCUUUCAAGAGGGUCUCAACGACCUCUCCUAGAUCAAAGGUCCUAUAAUGGAGACCAAGUACACAUUAGCUAUGCCUGAAGGCACCCCUGCUCAGAGAGACCUCGGGGCCAGAAGGGAAAUAAAUGAAAACACCAUUGAUUCUGAUGCCUUUCAACACAGAUACGAUGCUGCAUAUAUUGGCCUGCGCUUACCCAAGCGACCACGUCGACCACACAAAUCAAAGCGUCAUCAUGGAGAUAAGUCGUCUGCACCAACAUUGGCACAAUCAGAGUCCUUCUCACCAGAAACUUUGCAGAUACAAUUAGUCACAGCCAGUCUUACUCCCAGUGAACAAAUCCAAGCUUUAUUAAGUGAGGCAGAAGACCAAGCUCAUUCCUCCCACGAUGUCUUCUGUGAGAUGGACGUCCUGUAUAAAGUUGGAGAUGCCUACCAAUGGAAAGAGACAGCCAGAUGGGUAAAAUAUGAAGAAGAUGUUGAAGAAGGUGGCAUGAGAUGGUCCAAGCCUCAUGUAGCAUCAUUAUCUUUACAUUCCUUGUUCGAGUUAAGAAGUAGUUUGACCACUGGGGCCUGCAUGCUGGAGAUGGAUGCCAACAACAUUCAACAGGUGGCAGAUCUUUUGAUUGACAAUCUAAUUAGCCAGAAACAGCUAGAGGAAUCUGUGAGAGAUCAAGUGAGGUCAGCCAUUUGCUCUCAGCAUUGGUUCCAGCACCAAAAGGCUCGCAGGAAAGUCUCCAUCACCCCAGAAAUGGAUGGUGGCCAGGCUAUUUUCAGAAAGCUGUCCAUGAAGAGAACAUUCUCAGAAAUUGGCAGGACACUUUCAAUGAGAUCUAAAAAUGAUGCAUUAAACAUGGCCAGGCUUCGAGCUAAUCCCAACAGCCAGCCUAACCUGGAGAUGAUGAAUGGAGAUCUUUCUGAAUCACCAUCUUCUACCAGAAUCAACAGACAAAACAGUCUUUUGGCUAAGUUGAAUGAACAUUUUAUGAGAAAGAUUCCUGCUGGCGCAGAGGCAGCUAACAUUAUGGUUGGUGAACUUGAUUGUCUCAACUAUCAAGUGGUGGCUUUUAUACGACUGUGUGAAGGUAGAAAUAUAGGGGACAUCACUGAAGUGCCUAUUCCCUCCAGGUUUAUGUUUAUUCUCUUUGGUCCACCUGGAAGUCAACAGAAGAAUGUGGAAAUUGGCAGGUCCAUGUCAACCAUCAUGGUGGAUGAGGUGUUCAGGGAAGUUGCUUACAAAGCUAAAAACAGACAAGACAUUCUAGCAGGUGUGGAUGAGUUUUUGGACCAGGUGACAGCCCUACCUCCUGGAGAAUGGGACCCCAAAAUCAGGAUAGAACCUCCACAAAGUGUCCCCUCCCAGGCACCACGUAGGAUUCCAAAACCACAGAUCAUGGAUGACGAAGAGGAGGAAGAAGAGUCUCACUGUGAUCCCACACUUCAGAGAACUGGAAGGUUGUUUGGAGGUUUGAUAGCAGACAUCAAAAGAAAGCUUCCCUGGUAUCCAAGUGAUUUUAAAGACUGUCUUCACAUCCAGUGUGUUGCAUCUGUCAUUUUUCUCUACCUGGCUACCUUGACCCCUAAUGUCACAUUUGGUGGUCUCUUGGGCCAAGCUACCGAGCAGUACAUGGGAACAAUGGAAUGUAUUCUGACUGCUGCUAUAACUGGAAUUCUGUAUGCACUGUUUUCUGGCCAGCCUUUGAAUAUACUGGGAAGUACUGGACCCAUGCUGAUAUUGGAAAUGAUCUUGUUUAACUUCUGCAAGGAGCAAGAGUUGGAUUUCCUUCCCUUCAGAGCCUGGAUAGGUCUUUGGACUGCUUUUUUGCUGUUGGUGGUUGUAGCCUUUGACCUUUCUGCUUUAGUCAGAUACAUUACCAGAUUUACAGAAGAGAGUUUUGCCAGUUUGAUUGCUGUCAUCUUUAUUGUGGAGGCUUUCAAGAAGACACUUGAUAUUCUUCAGGACGCACCAGUAAAUUUCAAUCCUGAUGCCCCACUGAACUACACAUGCGAGUGUUUUUCCCCAAACACUUCAGAUGUGCUGGUAAAUGCAACAGGCAUGGAUUUCUCAAAUAUCACAAGCUUGAACAACACCAUCUUCAGAUUUGUUUUUGGUAACAUCUCAGAUGUCAUCCCUUUCUUCACCAAUGAGUCAUAUGAGUGGCUAAAUAUGUCAACUUCGACCUUCAACUGGACAGCCAUGAGCAAAAAGAACUGCUCUGAAUAUGGAGGAAACUUUGUUGAUGUUGGUUGCAAUACUCCUCACUAUGAGCCUGACGCCUUCUUCCUUUCAGUGUUGCUAUUUUUAGGCACAUACGUUAUUGCCUCUAUGUUGACCAAUGCCAAGACCAGUGCCUUCUUCCCCACAUUUGUACGACAAACUCUGAGUGACUUUGCUGUCCUUAUUGCCAUCAUCAGCAUGGUUGUUGUUGAUAUCUGCAUUGGAAUCAAAACACCGAAAUUAAAUGUGCCAACAGAGUUCAAGCCAAGCAAUGAUGCUAGAGGCUGGUUUAUCAACCCUUUCUCUGACAAGAACCCAGUCUGGUUAAUUUUUGCUGCAAUAAUCCCUGCACUCCUGGCUGUCAUCUUGAUCUUUAUGGACCAACAGAUCACAGCAGUCAUUGUUAACAGAAAAGAGAAUAAACUGGUGAAAGGUAGUGGCUACCAUCUUGAUAUGUUUGUUGUGGCUAUCUGCAUUGUUUUAUGUUCCUUGUUGGGCUUGCCUUGGUACGUGGCCGCCACUGUCUCAGCCUUAGCCCAUGUCAUGAGUUUAAGGAAAGAGUCUGAGUGUACUGCCCCUGGAGAGAGACCAGUGUUCUUAGGAGUCAGAGAGCAGAGAGUGACGGCUCUUUUGGUUGGUAUCCUAAGUGGUGCCUCUGUCUUGUUUACUGGUGUCUUGCAAUACAUUCCAAUGGCUGUUUUGUAUGGUGUCUUCCUGUACAUGGGUAUUGCAGCUUUGAAGGGAAUGCAGUUUAUCGACAGAAUCUUGCUGUUCUUUAAACCAGCCAAGUACCAGCCUGACUACAUCUAUCUCAGACAUGUCCCUAUCAACCGAGUCCACAUCUUCACUUUCAUUCAGAUCAUAUGUCUGGGAGUGCUGUGUGCCAUCAAGUCGAUCAAAGCUGUCUCCAUUGUCUUCCCUGUCAUGGUUCUUGGAACUUGUUUUGUGCGCAAAGCCAUGGACUACAUCUUCACACAGAGAGAACUUAAGUGGCUGGAUGAUUUGAUGCCUGAGGCUACCAGGAAGGCUAAAGAGGAUGAAAAGAAGAAGAAAUUAGCAGAGCAGGCAGAUCAAGAAGAGGAAGAGGACUCUGAUGUUGUCCACGAUGAGCACUUCGACAAACUGAUGGAGAUCAAAGUUGACAGAAUGGGAGAGAACAAGAGCUACAACAGGCCUAUCAAUAUCAGACGCUCGUCACUUGAUACGGAUCGUGUCAACAUCAGCGAGGAGAUGGCAAAGACGGGUAUCUGGAUGCAGUUGAGGAGAGAUUCCAAGAAUAUGGUGGUUGAAGCUGAGGAAUUGAAUAAUAGGCAUCACAAGAAAAAGCGCCAUGACAAAUCUAAUGGCAGAGAGCGCAGGACCAGCAAGACACGAUACAAUGAUGAGAUGGUGCCCCUGAAUGAGACCAAGGAUGAUACCCCCAUCAUUGAUACCAACGGAGGGGCUCCACCAACAUUCUACAUGGGGGAAGAGGAUGAAGACCAUAAAGUCUAAUCUAUUCUUCCAUUCAACAGAAUUGUUUUAUUUUUUUAAAGAUGUAAAAGUGAACUGUUGUCAUGCCUAAGAGACAGCUUAUUCCUUAAAAAUAGUACUUUGUUUGUUACAUUGGCCUUAAUCCUGUAAGUAAAAAUCAUUAAAAAUGUUGUUGUAAUGUUUUUGUGUCAAUAUGCUUUGAUAUAAAACUGUUUUGUGUAUAUUGAGAUCUGUUUUAGCACAAAAACUGGUCGUUUGGACAUAUUUUAAUUAAUUGCAAUAAAGAAAAAAAAAAUCUAAUAACUUUUCCUAAAGAUUGAAGCUGUAUUAGGCAGAAUUGAAAGACAGUCUUGAAAUAUAUGUGAUUAGAUUUGAAUAGUCACAAGUCCUUUCAGUUGUCUGUUAGGACUACUAAUACACUUUUAUAAAAGAUACAAACUUAUUUUGAUGUUUAAGUUUGUCUGAGUUUCUAGUUCAAUAUUACUUUAAAGAGAAUAAAGUAAUUUUACCUGAUUAGUGAUUAUUGCUAUCAAUCUAACAUGUACAGGUUAAACACUGUAACUCCUUUAACGUGAGAAGGAAAUGUAUACAUUAAAUAAUUUUACCACUUACCAGUGUGGUAAUAGGAUAACCAAAGAGUUUUAGAAAAUGCUGUGGUUUUAAUUUAAGUGUUUUUUUAAAGUAGUGUUAUAUACAAUUUGUUAAAAUGUUUACAGUUUAUAGAGCAUAAUUAUUAUAUACACAAAUUUUAAAAUUAUAAUAUGUAAUUAAUGGCAACAGAAAAUACUGAGCUUCUUUUAUCACUUUUUUUUUAAUUUAACAAUUUAUCUGUCAAUCAAUGCUGAUUUAUAUUUUGUCUUGAAAGCAUUUUGUAUAUUAUAAAUUUAAUUUUUAAAAAUGUAAAACUAUUUUUAAAAGUAAUCAUCAAUUGCAAGGAAACAACUGUUUAUAAUAUUUAUACAUAUUUCAGUUUUUAAAUAUUCAAUUUUAUUGACAUUUAUUAAAUGCUUCACUGAUUAGGAAUUUUAAGUCUUCAUCUUUUUUUUCUCUAUAUUCUAAGGGACCAGAUGCAUUCAUUGCAUAUUUAUAUAUUUAAUCAUAAUAAAGAACAUAGUAUAUCCUUCAUGAGGCUCAGACUUCAUUAAUUGACACAGGCAUAUAUUCAUCUUGCAUAAUUAUUUGAUUUUUAAGUUUUGUAAAUAUAUUAAGUUAACAAUCAUACAGCUAUAUUGUUAAUCUAAUACCCAACUACACAUGACACAUUUCUGGAUUUUAAUAGAUGACUUUUAUGGUUCAUUUUUUAAUAAUAAAUAUUUUUUUUGUUUUGAUUUAUAUAUAACCGAAACACAAACAUUAUUUGUUGCAUUUAUUUUGUUCAGUGGUUAUUUCAUGGUUCGUUAUAUUCCAAAUAAGUUUAACUCUUUGUCUCCCUAGUUAUUUUCCACGUCUCAGCAGAAUUCUUCAUUUUGCUCAGUAGUAUUUCACUUCCUUUUUUUGAUUAAUAACAUUUUCGUUUGUUAUCAGAAAAUGUUGUAUUUGGUAUAGAAUUAAAGGGGACUGCAUCCUCUUUCUACAUAAGACAAAGAAAAGUUUAUAAAAUCAAACAUUAAUUUGAUUUAAUAAGUUUAAAUCAACAAUGCUAUCGUCAAUUAGGAGAGUAAGAGCUAAUAAGUGUUAAAUAUGUUCAACGGUAGCAGGUUGAUGUUAAGGUUUGAUAUGCCACUGUAAAAGAAUUGGUCACAGUAAUGAUUAUCUUUACUUUCUCUUUAGCCUUACGUGACUUAAUGAAAAACUUUCCACCUCCUGUUUCUAUAAGAAAUAUGUUUUCUUAACAUACCUCGAAAUGGCCUUUGCUUUGUAACCUAAUCAGCUUCAGUGUGACUUGUAAUUUCUUGUCAUGAAAGAAUGGAGAAAAACUGUUGACGGAUCAUGUGUGGUGCCCCUGCAGUUCAACAGAUAGGUGAAGGUGUGAGUGAACAAAACAAUUGUCAACAAUUCAGAUAAACCAAGCAUUUUUUAAACUUGAGUCUAAUACAAAGUGUGCCUUAUAAAAACAUUGUUAAUUGUUUAUAUACAGAGCUUAUGUUCGGUCAGUAAAUUAUAUAUUUGUGAAUAGAUUACUUGUUAACAUGAUUUGUACUGAUUUUGUAUUGGCAAAUAAGAUAAAUGCUUAGUACCUAUUUUUUAACCAAGAUUUAGUUCUUUAAAGUGGAAUCUCAUUGCAUAUUUGUAAGGGGCAAAUUUUUCUUGCUAAUUUUUUUCUAGGGUGAAUUUGGUUUUAUUAGGAAUUGAUUUAUUGAGUUGAUGCAAUUCAAUAAGUUGAUUUGAUUAGCUUCAAUAUCUUGAUUUUGGCUCAUCAAAGCUGAUUUGAUUUGAUUCAAUGAGUUAUUAAUGUAUGCCUAUGGUAUAUUUAUUUGUUAAACGACUCCAUUCUACUCAGAAAAUGACAUCAAGCUAUCCACGCGCAAAGCUUUGUAGCACAAUAUUGAGGAAUAAAUGGCAUUAAUCAUAUGAAAAUUUUUUAUCAGAUCAGCCUCAACAUUUGAGCUAUCCUAAGACGUCAUUUUCCCAUAUGACAAAAAGGAAUAUUUAUAACAUAACAUAUAUUAUAUUUAUACAUCAAUCAUUUUUUAAUAUUUGAAUAGGAUGGAAUAAUAGAUAUGUUAACGUUAAAUUAAUAUAUGAAAUUGAUAUAUAAUGUAAAACUAAUAUAUAAAGUUAUGUACAUCAUUAUCCAAGGUGUGACCACCUUUAAUCACUGUGGUUCUGAAUUCUAACCUUGCACUCCCAUCGAAUCGAAAGUGAUAAUCUUCAUUUCUGUUGGAAUGUCCGAAGCUUAUACAGCCAGACAAUAACACAAUUUCAAUUAGUGCCUGUAUUUUCUAUAAGUAAUGUUAUGUUCAAUAUAAAAAGUCAUGUGUGGGGCUCUUACAGUUCUGUGGUACUACAUUGUUAGAAUGAACUUUUACAAAGCAUUUAAGACUAAGAUAUCUAAAUUCAAUAACCAUUGAUGAAUUAAUUCUUAGGCCCUUUUGCAAAUGUAAAUUGUAUUUAAAAAAAAUUUUUUUCUAAAUAGAUAACUUGCAAAACUUUUCGCACAAACAUUUCUAAUAAAAAAAAAUUUAUUGAAUGUUUAUUUCCAGUAAAAAUCAAUUAUAUACAUAUAUUUAUAUUAGCUUUAAAAAAAAUAUUAUAUGCAGAGCUGCCUGAUUUGGAAACAACUGCACAGUUAUAUUAUCUAUUGUUUUAUUCAUCAUUUAUAUUUAUAAUAGCUUAAAAAACAUUUUAUAUUGUAGCAACAGAACAAAACUUUAAUUAAUUUAUUUUGUUGAGCUUUUUAGUUUCUUCUGUAAUUUAAAAAAAUUGAUCAUUAAAUGAAUACUUGCAAGUCUGUUUCUAAUAGAAAUGAAAAGAAUAUUUUGAAUUUAUGUUGAGCCUGGCAAGAUGAUGCUUAUUUAAGUUGAAACUAAAGGUUGUGCCCCCUAUUUGUACAGUUAAUUUUUUGUAUAUUUGUAUAUUUCAUUUUUUGAAAAUGUUUUUUUGUGUUGUUUUAUUUUGUUUUUGUUUUUUGAGUGAUUUUUUGGCUUAACUUGGUGACUAGUUUCUAUGUAAUAAUGAUAUAAAAUGAAUAAAUAUAAAUGUUAUUCAAAUAUUUAAAAAUACUUUUGAUUAGUAGCUUUUACAGAAUUUAACUGUUUUACUUCAGAUUUUUUUAGCUACAGAAUUUAACUCUUUUACUUCAGAUUUUUUAGCUACAGAAUUUAACUCUUUUACUUCAGAUUUUUUAUUUACAUUAUUUAGUUAUCCUGUAGUAAUAAGUUAUUUAGAAUAAUGCAAAUGUUUAGUUUUAUGCCAUUAGAGUUUCAUGUUGUGUCUCUUACAUUUCUGUGUCAUGUCCUGUAUACUUGACAUCCAUGAUUGAUGUCAUUUGUAGUCAUCUAUGACAUAUCAUUGAUCAUAUAUAUCACAUGUGUGAGUCAUUUAUCAUGUCUGUAUGUUCCAUUAAUGUUAAUGCUGGUACUUGUAAUAUACUCUAUUUUUAGAUUUUUUGAUAUUAUAUAUCAUAUAUUAACCAGGAGGACGCUGUAGCCUUGAAUUGUACAUAUAUUGUUAUUCUAUGGUGGAUAUUUAAACAGGCCAUUGUUGUUUUGUCAGUUACGUUUGUUCAUUUUUUUUUUAAACCAUGCUAUUCACCCCUAAAAAACAUUCAAUUGAAAAGUAAUAAUUCAAUAUUUUUGUCGAAUUCAGUCAGAAUAUCAGAAAAUAAAAUUGCAAUCAUGUUUAUUUUGUAUAGUAACUAAUUUUUUUUUUAUUUAAUCAGUUUACAAAAAAGGAAUAAAAUUAAUGGCAAUAAUUCAUGCUCAUGUAUUUUUAAUAGUGGAUUUUUAUUCAGAAAAAAGUUUUAAUUGUGUUAUCUUUGUUUCUAAAGAGCUUUAGCUCUAACAGUUUGAAGAGAAGUUAAGUAGAAAUACUGCAUCACUUUUGUUUUUUUGAAGAUGUUAGACAAAGACUCUUUAUUGAGAUGUUAAAUUAAUUUCCCUAGGUCAUUGGCACAAUGAUGACACUAGAAAACUAAUUAUAGAAUAGAAAACAAAUAAAGUUUCUAUUCUACCAAAGAAAAAAUCAUGAUGGUUGACAACCUAAAAAUUAAGUUUAUGAUAUCAGCAUAUUUUUUUAUUCCUUUGUGCAACUAAAAAAACAAAUCUCUUAACGCAGAAAGUUCAUCAAUUUCUAGCAUUAAGUUUUGUGAUUUUGAAGUGUUCCUAUAAUUUUAAGUAAAUCAGGACUUAGCAUAGAUUUAGGCUCAUGUACAUACCAAUAUUUGUACUCAUGUUAAUGAGCAAGAUUUUUUUUCCCUUCACCCAAACCAUUCCUUGACUGAUGAUUAUGUGAUUACUUGAUUAAUUUAUUACUCUGCUUAAUCUUCAUUCAAGAUAAAUGUAAUAAGUAAUAAACAUGAAAGUAAAAUACACUUUAAAUAUAUGUAUUUGAACAAACGACAUUCAAACUUUUGAUGUAAAUUUGGCCGUUAAUUUUUUUUUUAUUGCUUGUUUAAUUUUUUUUUUACUUUGAAAAGAAAAUUACAACCGGACACUCAAGUAUUAAAUAUGAGAUAUCUCUGCAUUUAUUGUAAUAUACAAUUCUAUCUACAAGGCAAUUUAAUUAAGAACAUGUCAAAUUCUGCCAUUAUUAUUUUUUAUUGAAAUAAAAACUCUGAAACUA